AUGCUGCGGGAUAUAAUAUAUAAGGGAAAGGAAUUAGCUGACAAAGUAACGAAUAUAAUGAUGAAUUACACGGAGGCGGAAAUGAAGGUUCGAGAAGCAACUAAUGAUGAUAUGUGUUGUCCAAGUGGUCGUCUUUUACAAAAGUUGGCAGAUUAUACGUAUACCUAUGAAACAUGUUUGGAAGUCAUGUCAACUAUAUGGAAAAGAAUGCAUCCUGAAGAUAGAUUGAGUUGGCGGAGGGUUUAUAAGUCUUUGGUUGUCCUUACCUUUCUUUUGAAAAAUGGUUCUGAUUAUGUGUUACAAAGUGCUCAAGAUCAUAUAUACGACAUUCGUACACUCGAAUCUUUUCGGUAUUUUGAUGAGAAUGGAAAGGAUCAAGGAAUGAAUGUUCGCCUCAGAGUUCAAGAAGUGAUCGACCUCAUACAAGACUCAGAAAAGUUACAGCAAGAACGUCAAAAGGCCAAGGCUAGUCGACACAUUUACACAGGUUAUGGAAAUACCAAUGAUUUAGAUUGGGGUUAUUCUUCAUACAAGAAUGGUGGAGAUUACGGUCAAAGAUCUGAUUCACUUGAUGACUAUGAUAAAGAAACUUACGCAUCCAAAAACUUUACAUUUCAAUCGCGUGCCAAAUCUAGAGUGACAAUAUCCGAGCAUAAAUCAGACCUACCCCCGCCUAGGUUGGGUAAUUUUGAUGAUUGGCAUGUGGGUAAAGAACGUGGUGUAAUGGACGAUGUUUUAGAGCAGUUCAAAGAAGCGUGGGAUUUGGCCAAAGAAUCUACUAAGGAUUUAAUUUUCUCCAAAAAUCCUCAAGAUAAUAGAUCAAAUGAGUUCAAUCCACGUAUGGUUUCUGAAGAGGUUUACGAGUUCCCAUCAAAUGCUGUUGAAUCCAGUGGAACAUAUGAAGCGAAAAUCCAGUCAUCCUAUGGAGAUUAUUAUGCACAGAAUGAAUUUUCAUCGAAAGAAAUUUCAAGAUCCACUAAAUGUAAUAGUGUUGAUAGUCGUGUUAAUAAUAAUAAUAAUAACGGCAACACACAUGCAUCACAAUCUAAUGAAAAAUCUCUGGGCCAAGUUAUUGUGACACCUAGAAAUCAAAGUACUGAAAAGAAAGACAACAUAAAGCCAAGACCACCAUCCUGUGAUUUGUUAGAUUCAUUUGAUAGUGGUAAUAGUAUCAUUAAAUCAGAUCAAAUGAUAGAUCUGUUUGAUGCAAUAUGCAGUUCACCAACAUCAACUACAACUGGUGUACACUCUCAGCGGCAACAGCCAGCGCAAAUGGGAUUCGAAGUUAAUUGGCCUAGGAAUGUAUUAACACCAUCAGGCGUAUCUUUAAAUACCAAUUCAAUUCAAAAUCAUGCUACUGCACCAUGUCAAAACCCUAAUAAUUUGUUAGAUAAUGAGUUUGGUGAUUUCACUUCAGCACCAUCUGUACAGUUUCCUGCGAAUACUGGUCCAACAGUUUCAUCCCUCGAUGGUAUCUUUUUUUCCAACUUUUCAAAUACUGAGGCUUAUCCAUCCAAUCAAAAUUCUCAUCAAAACAAGCAAACUGAGGAAUUCAAACAACAACACGUGGUUCAAUCCAAUCCAAUUUCACCAUCCAAAUCUAAACCGCUAAACAUUGGCAAUACAUGGAAAGAGUUAGGAUCAUUAAGUAUUGAUUUAGAUUCAUUAGCGAAACCGGAAAAAUACGGUGCCCGAACACAAGCGCCGAGUUUACAUCAAUUAAAACAAAAUCAACAGCGCGUUCAAUAA